GAGCCAAAAGCAAGUUAAAGGAGGCAGCUAUGGGAUUUGCCCUUGGAGCAAUAGGAGGCUGCAUACUGGGAGCAACAGAAGACCCAAUGGAUAAAAUUGUUUCAAUGAUGACUACAAGUGGUUCGCUAAAGCCAGUGAUGGAGGAGGUCAGGGUCGUGGGUGCCCUGGGGCUGGGGAGCCUUUUGGGAGCUACCGCCCUAACGACAGCAAUGACCUCUGUCAUAGCUGGUGUUAUCUUCGCAGCCGUGGUUGCUUCAGUGUUCGUGACUUGGAGAACCUGUACUAGCUCCCAUAAAAAUUCUGUUGGAUUGUGGGCUUCAGCAGGAUUUGCAAGUGCCAUUGGUACCACACUCAGUGGAGCGACAUUCGGCAUGGUAAUAGAGUGGAUUGUUAAGGGAUACGGCAUGGUGGGACUUCUGUGGGCUCUGAGCUUUUUCACUGUGCUCAAAACACCCCUGCGUUAUGUAUUCAAGCUCUUCUGGAAGCAGGGAGAGAUCUGCUGCACUCUGGGAUCAGAGGUGUGGUCCAGGGAGCAAGAGAACAUUGAGAUCACUGACUUGCAGCAGAGACAAAAGGUCACAGUGCUGAUUGAGCAGAGGAUCCUAUCCCUGGAGAAGGGUGGGAGCACAAACAAAAUGGAGGACAGUGCAACGUGGGCUUCCCAGCAAAGAGAAAGGGAGCAGAUAGAGAGGAGAAGGCUUGUGAAUCAAGAGGCUGAGAUGGAACAAAGAACCAUCCAAGACUGGAUCAACACUGUAAUGAAUGAGGAAGAUAAAGCAUGUGCUUCCUUCUCAAAAAAGAGAACAAUGCAAAAGGAGAAGUGGAUUACACCUCAGAUUCCUUCAAAUGCAGAUUCCUUGACCACAAACUGUGCCAUGUUAGUUCCUAAGAUGGUAAGAGUCACCCACAGAGAGGAGUCUGAGAUCUCCAUGGACUAUGCUAACAUACCUGAUGCCGCGGCCAGAAACAUUCCUGUAAAGCAUAACGAGGUAUAUCCUGUGGCACCAGGGAGAAAUGUCUACAAAUUGGUUGCUGUUAGCUUUGGAUUUCUCUGUAUCCUGCAAGUUGCUCUCAACAUUUAUCUACGUCUUGCUUUCCACAAUCAAGACAGUUCAGAUUCCAUUGGUAAAAACAGGACAGGAGGUUUACAUGAUAUAAUAAAACUGUCAGAUCAGUAUUUUCAACAGGGAUGGGUAUAUUUCCCUCCUAGUUUCUAUUAUAUUUCUACUACCAGGAAAUCCUGGAAGGAAAGUAGAGAGGAUUGUCUGCAAAGAGCUGCAGAUUUGGUGAUUAUAAACACCAAAGAGGAACAGAACUUUGCAAGACUGUUUGGAAAGUUUACAUGGAUUGGACUGAGCGAAGAAAGGACACAAGGAAAGUGGAAAUGGGUGGAUGGGACUCCUCUGACAAAAAGCUACUGGGGCCCAGGAGAGCCUAAUGGCUUUGAAGGCAAAACAGAAGACUGCGUAGAGAUACGGUUCCAUGAUAUUGAAAACAGCUGGAAUGACAUACCAUGUGAAGAUCAAAACUUCUGGAUCUGUGAGAAAAUGGCUAAAUCUUGGAAGGAAAGUAGAGAGGAUUGUCUGCUAAGAGCUGCAGAUUUGGUGAAUAUAAACACCAAUAUUAAGACCAGUAACAAAAACCUAACUGAAGAGAGAGAUGAGCUGAAGAGGAAACUGAAUGACUUUGCUUCCUACCACACUUCAGUGAUUGAAGAGAGAGAGGAGCUAAAGAGGACUAAAUCUGGUAUUGAGGCAACUAACAGAAAUCUGACUGAAGAGAGAGAUGAGCUGAAGAGGAAACUGAAUGAUUUGGGAAAUCCAGGAUGGACACUUUUCAGAGGAAGUGCUUAUUACGUUUCUGCUACAAUUAGAACUUGGGAGGGAAGUAGAAAUUACUGUCGUGAAAAAGGCGCAGACCUUAUGAUUAUCAACAGUGAAGAAGAACAGAAUUUUGCAAACCUAUUUGGUACGAACAUGUGGAUUGGACUUUCUGACUCAGACUUUGAAGGGACAUGGAAAUGGGUGGAUGGCACUCAAAUGACCGAAAGCUUCUGGACUGAGAAAGAGCCAAAUGGUGGAACAAAGGAAAACUGUGGGAAUAUCAAGAGUUUUAACGAGAAAAGUAGCUGGAAUGAUGAAAUGUGCUCCAUGAAUCACUACUGGAUUUGUGAAAAAUUACUUAAUGUCAACGCAGCUUCACCUAACAAUGCUGCAUCAAAGUCGCUCUCCUAUGAAGAAAGAAAAGGGAACCGUGCUGCAGCAGGAGCUAAACUUUACAAGCUGGUUGCAGUCACCACUGGACUCAUAUGUGUGCUACAGACAGCUCUCAAUAUCUCCCUGUGUUUUGCCCUAUACAAUAAAUCUGGUAACAAAACCCUGACUGAAGAGACAGAAGAGCUCAAGAAAAGCUUUGAAAUUGAGUCCAGUAAUAAAAAUAUAACAGAGGAACAAGAUGAGCUACAGAGAAAACUGACUGACUUAGAUACUGAGGCCAGUAAUAAAAACCUGACUGAGGAGAGAGAUGUGUUGAAGGGGAAGCUGAAUGACAUUGAUAAAUAUGCACAGGACGGGUGGUUGUACUUCAGAGGUAGCGUUUAUUAUAUUUCUACAAUCAGGAAAACAUGGCAAGACAGUCAACUUGACUGUUGGAACAGAGGUGCAGACCUGGUGGUAAUCAACAGCAAAGAAGAAGAGGUAUUCACGAGGAAACCUCAGAAUGUGUUGUGGAUUGGUCUUACUGACAAAGUAAGCGAGGGGCAUUGGAAAUGGGUGGAUGGGACUCCACUGACACAAAGCUACUGGUUCUUUGGAGAACCUAAUAAUUUCAACGGCAGAGACGAAGAUUGUGCAGAAAUACAGCAAUACAACAUUGAACGCAGCUGGAAUGAUGUCACCUGCACAAAUGAGAACUUCUUCAUCUGGCUCCAGUUGUCCUUUGUCCACAGUCGUUUCAUGGGAACCCAAGAGGGAGACAGAAAUUGGGUUGAUGUGGCUAAUGAUCUACUCAGCAAGUGUCACAUAAACCUGAGGCUGAAGAAACUGACGGACUGUAAUGCAGAUGUUUUUAUCGCUUUGUAUGAAAACAUCUUUGGGGAAAAAGUCCCAGAUUUUGUUGCAACACCAUGCAGUCAAGAGGAUGAUGUCCAUAAUGUUCAGUCUGUGAUUGAUUCCCUGUCUUUGGAUUAUCUUCAGAUCAGCCUCUCACACAUUACAGGAGAAAAUGUUGUCAGAGGGGAUAAAGAGUCAAUUAAGAAUCUCCUUGAAAUCUUCGAUGGUCUCCUGGAAUAUCUUAAUGAAGAGAUUGAGGAAUCACAGAACAUUGAAUUUAGUGACACACUCAAUGUGGAUGAACCUGCUGAAACUAAGAAGCCAAGUGUCGAUGCCACACAACAACAGGAGUCAAAGGAGGAGGGGAUGUCUGUGUCAUCUCAUGGAGAAUCUACUUUCCCGUCCGACAAACAAUCCCUUUAUUCUCUGAAUGCUGAAGAUGUGGAAUCAACGAGUGAGCCACUCGAGCUGGGAGUGUCUGCACGUACAUUUACAGACAGACAGGAAGGGCUGGUUGUCCCUGUCCAGACUUCAGAUUCAGCCGAUCCCUCAGAUCCAGUUGCCAUCAAAGAAGCUCCACAGACUGAAGUGAUGCAUUCUGCGAUACCCUUACAGCCCCCCCACCAAGGCAACGCUCCCAAUGGUCCUUCUGUCACUUCUGCUGCAGGCCUCAGUCGUGGGCUGUCUGAGGACACUCCUGCUGCAAAAACAGAGACGUCAAAACCAGCAUCGGAGACUGUAACCAAUGGAAUAAGGUGUCCUGCAAUUUGCCCGUCACCUGCUGUGAGUGAGAAGUCUGCAUCCAGCCGGCAAAGUGGCAAGGCAGAGGAGGAGGGGGAGUCGAUAGAGCCAACUAAUGGAGGUCCCAGGAGGGUCUUAUUCCGCACCCAACCAGAUGUGCUCUUCCUCACUCUGCAAAAUGACAUGAUGUCGAUCACCCCAUCCCCACCAGACACAGAAGAGGAGGUGGAUCAGGAGGGUCCGAGUUCUACUCAAAGAUUUAAGGAUAGAGGGAUUAGUCACAGACAUCGGACAAGUCUUAGGGCACCUCGAGAGGAUGAGGGUUUGUCUAACCGCAAACGGAGGAACAAACGAGCAGAAGAAGAGCUGCAUCACAUAUCUGAGAAGCUCUCCAAUCGGCUUGAAGAACUUGAUCAGAUGCUCAAACAAGUUUUGGGUGAAAGUGGAGAUUCCAGAGAAGUCAGACAGGAGGAUAAGCAGUCCCUCCUCAGUGACAGCAUCAAGGAGGGUGGGAGCACCCCCAGACAACACACAGGAACACCUGAUCGUGAACCCACUCAACGGACACGCUCCCCUUUGGAAUCCCCUUCUCGAGUCCGCCGGUCACUAAAUGGAUCAUUAGAGGAUGCCGUGGCAGAGGCUUUGAGCCUGAAUGAUGGGAGGCAAACAAAUGUCACAGUGUCUGGUCAUUCAUGGGGACGAGAACAACGCCACAGACUGUCUCACACAAAACAUAGCAAGAAGAAUAAUGCAUUUGAGGAGGAGUUGAGAAGAUAUGAAGACAAAGAGAGGGCAGAACUACACAAGGCCCGUCUAAAAGCUCAGAAAGCAGAACGGGAUUACAGAGAGGCCAUUCUGGAGGAUGUCUCCCAUGUGAGCAGGCAGUCACCAGCCAAGACAAAGCACAGGACACGUCAUAGCACACACACCUCGGGAGGACAGGGACACCAAGAAGCCAUCAGGAAAGUUGCACCAAUGAAAGUGAAGGAAAAUGAUCUCCUUCCUAUACUCCGAGAGGAGUUGCCUCACCUUCACAUUUCUCAUCACACCCUGAGUCGAAUGUGGGAGCAGCAAAUGCAGCAGGUGGACCGACUCCAUGCCCUGUCGUCCUCUCAUCGUCAGCAUCACAGCAAACUCCCCAGACAGGUGGAGGAAGCCCAAAGAAAAUAUGACCUGCUGGUGGAGCUCAUCCGUAAAGACCAGGACCACAGCAAACGCCUGAAACAGUUUAAGGACCGAAUCCAGCAACAGAAGUCACUACAGAACAACCUGAGGGACCAGAGGCAGCAGGUCGCCCGUGCCAAGAAGUACCACAGUGACUACCACGUUCAGCACCGAGCCCGCCUGAUGAGGGCACGCACUAAGGAGGAGAGGAUGUUUCGGCAGCUGUUCUCGGAAGGCUUGGAGUUACAGAAGACGCGCUUAAGAGAGCAGAGAGCUUAUGCCAGGGAGCAGCGACUGGAGCAUCAGAAGCGUCACCAGGAUGAGAUCGAGUCCUUGGAGAACUAUUACAAAGACCAAUUUUCACUGCUUGCUGAAAAACUUGCACUGGAGCGGGAGGACAUCCAGGUUCGGAAAAAGGCACAAGAAAAGGCUCUGCUAAAGAUGAAACGAGAGCUGCGCUCCCGGAUGGAGCGUGAGAUUGGUGAACUGCAGAGAAUCAUCAUCCAGAACGAUGAAGAGGACCAUUUCCAGGAUCUGGAGGUCCAGAGGCUGCGUAAUCAAGUCCACAUGGCUUCGUUCCAGUACAACGCCAGCUAUAUGCAUUGACUGGAAAGCUGCACGCAUUUUGUUUAAAGUAAAAGCUGAUUAACGUCAGCAGAGAGAGGAAACUGGAUUUCAGCUCUUCAUAACUAAGGGUACACAAAUUGGACGCAAGAACAGCGGUCUCCUCAGGCAUCUUCUUUUUUUUUUCCAGAGAUGUGCACAGGAAAUUUACAUUAUGAGACCUCAAACAAAUCCUGAUUGCUGAAUAUUGAUGAAGUGAAAACACUGACAAAAAUGUAGCUUUUAGCUAAUUUAGCUAAAUUUUCCUCUCACUUCUGCUGCUACACCUGAACUUACGACACCUUGGACCAAGUCCCUUUUUUCCUUGGAUCGAAGAAUUUUCUUAACUAAGAAUGUUUUAACUCUCUAACUGUAAAGUAAUUGUGUUCAUUCGUCGUAGGAAAAUAGUCAGGUGUUCUUUCUCUUGCCAAAUAAGGACCACAAAUGCAAAGUUGCAUUUGCACACUGAAAAGACUUCACCUAAAGUCUACUUAUCCAUGAGAUGUCUUCCUUAGUAGUUUUUUUAACCAUGCCAUUGCAUUAUUUAUUUAACUUUAAUGUUUUUUAAUUAAGAUGAUCACCAAGGGCAAUGAUAAAAAGUCUAUAACAACCUCAACUUAACCUCUCCUCCACAAUGAUUAUCUUCUAAUUCCACCUUGUGACCUUUUCAGACAAAGUUUCCUGGUAAUGUAAACUCUGACAUUGUGUGGUGUAACUUAUGAAAACACAUCUGCCCUGUCAACCCCCAUUAAAUGUGUGGACACUCUCCUCACCA